AUGGACACUGUCGCGAAUCCAACCGCAGACCUUUUACUCUUCGGACCCGAUGGUCAUAUUCGAUUAGACAAUGAGGAGCAAAACUUUGCUCUUCCACAUCCCCCCAUUGAAACAACCGGCCACCAAAAGCACGCCGCUAACAGCGAACCUCCCAAUACACAGCAUGAUCAGUUUGUCGAGAAGUACCUGCAAGAGUGGGAUUAUUCGUUCAACGACGUGCUUGUAGCCCCUAUGCUACCAGCGCUAGAGUAUCUUGAAGAGCCCAAGGGAAACGCGGCAGCGGUACAGAAAUUCUACGAGGGUCGUCCGACUUGUAAAUGUUGCGUUAACUGGGUCGAGAAGGAGCCGACAAAGGUACCUGAGGAAGCUAAGGAAAAGUACGACGGUGUUGCGAUUCGCUUGUAUCACGGCAAGGACCAUGUCAAGGAGACGUUGGGUGGCCUAAAAGACACCGUCUUGACUGGUUUAAUCAUUCAGAGUCCACUUCUAUUGGGUAUUCUCGAGCCCAUGUUCAAGAAAUUAGGUCGCGUGGACACCAUGAAGGGGUCGGUGAUGGUGAUACCGCCCUUUCAAGAGCUGUUCUUUUCACAUGCCGAUAUCAUGGACGCCUAUAGUAAGUGCGAGCCCAACACAGAUGAAGAAAGGCAUCUCAAAGUCUUGAAAGAGGUGGUUGAUGACGUUCUCCGGGAGACUACUACGGCAGUGAGCGAGCUUCGCGUAAAAAGUUUGAUCACGCAUGGCUAUCUGUGGACUCUUUUCCCGAAGGGAAUAGUUGUGGUAUCACGCGUGCAGAACCAAGAGUGCCUUUUUGAAGUCAUCUCGUAUGAUAGCACUAAUUCGAAAGUCCACUGCCGACAGGUGGCUUUUGAUGGGGUGAAUUAUGGGUUCAGAACAGUCGACUUCGUUCUGACCAUGUUCGCUGGGGCCAAACCGAUACGAGAGCUCGUCGUGUUUCCUCUUACCUUUCACAGAAGUCGUACAGAACUCGAGAAAAGUAUCAUCCAGCGCAGCUUUGAAGUACUUCGUUACCAGGACAUGGCACAUCUUGAAUACAGGGGAACCCGGGGGCCUGGAACACGAACAGAACAACGUACUAUGACUCACCAUCGUAUCAUCGUUGAUCCGUAUGCCUAUCAGCUCCAGCAUGGACUGUCCGAGAGUCUCACCCAAUUGACCUCAGAAAAUUCCAAGUCCGACGAAGAAAUCCGAACUCACUUUGAAAAUGGACUCACCGCGGGCCGGCCGAGUACAGAACGGAUCCAGAAGAAUAGAAAGAUUGUGUCAUCGCAGCCUCGAUGGUUACUAUUGCUGGACCCUCUCGUUGCGGGGUUUUCUUUGGUAAAUUACCAAUAUACGAAGUUCUACGUUAAUUACAUUCGCGACGUGAAGUGGAAUGACUGGGCUUUUGAGGGACUCGUGCUUCCUGAUGAAUCGAAAGAUAUGCUCCUCACAUUAGUGCAGCAUCACCGAGUUAUCAAAGAUAUCGGGCAAGAUAUCAUAAAAGGGAAAGGCAACGGGUUUGUGGCAUUGCUGAGCGGACCACCGGGAACCGGGAAAACGCUGACUGCUGAGGCUGUUGCCGAUCAAGCGAAGCGUCCUUUCCUGCGAAUACAGGCUGAGACUCUCGGUAGGUAUGAGGAGGAUCUUGAAGAACUGUUGGAGGAGGCUUUCAGACUGGCUGAACAAUGGGAUGCGCUCCUUCUUAUAGAUGAAGCCGAUGCAUACCUCGGGAGCGAUCGGGAACCAAAGGAGCGUUCUAGCCUUGUACGAACGCUAAUGACGCGUUUGGAGUACUACCCUGGAGUUUUGUUCCUUACAACCAACUUCCCGGACAAGAUUGACGAAGCCUUUUCAUCCCGAAUCGAUGUUCACUUCGAGUAUCCAACAUUGGACAGAACCUUCAGAUGCAAACUUUUGAAGACGAUGACAAGUUUCACAACAUCUUCCUACGAAUUUUCGCAAACCGUAGAUCUCACUGAUCAGGAUUACUGGAACUUGGCACGCUUCGAGUUGAAUGGCAGGGAGCUGAAAAACGCUGUGAAAGUAUCGAGUCGAAUCUGUUGCAUCAAAAAAGAGACACUCUCGUACAAGAGGCUAGAAACCGCUAUCCGGCACACUGCUCCCCGAAAAUUUGUCGAGCCUGCAACAGAUCUGCCCCCCAACAAGAAGGUUCGGCUCUGUUAG